AUGCCUAAAUUUAAUGGAGUCAACACAAAAGCUGUAGAAGCGCGCUUGCGUAAACAGCAAAUUGCACAUGAGAAGAAAGAAGCUCAAAAAGAAGCUGAAUCUGACAAAUACUGGAAAGAUGAAGAUAAGAAGGUCCAAUCUAAACUUAAUAGGAAGGUGGAAAAGAUUAAAAAGGCGGAGAAUAAAAUGCAGAAGAAAAUUGAACUAAAACAGCUAUUUAACAAGGAAGAUGAGGAAAUGAAAUCCAUUUCGAGAGGAUCAUCUAAGUCUUUUAGUUCUAAUACUAAAGUUACCAGGAGCGAUAUUAUUAAAAACACGAUGCUAGCAAAAGUUAUGAAUGAGAAAGAAUAUAAAAAAGAUGAUUAUGUAGAGAUAAAUGAGAUACCUUUGGAGUCUAAUAUUAAUCAUGAAAAGAUAAGGGAGCAAUUGGAGAAUGACGGAGUGGAAGUUAUUGAUGUUUCUGGAAUGACUGAGAUAUUGGAUGUUCUUUCGAUUGGUAAAAAAGUGGAUAUGCAUCCGGAAAAGAGGAUGAAAAUGGCAUAUGCAAAGUUUGAAGCAGACAUGCUGCUUAAAUUGAAGACUGAGUAUCCCAAUUUCAAAUUGUCUCAGUACAAGAAUAUGAUUCAAAAAAUGUGGAAAAAAUCACCUGAAAAUCCAAUGAAUACUCCAAGAUAG